GAUCGUUUCUUUGUUGGAGGAGGUCCGGGUUUAGCCGGAGCGAACCAGAAUUCGAUUUAAUUUCUAUCUAUAACGAUGAUUUCUUUUGUUCAGGGGUCGUCGGAUUUACUGCAACCAGUCAAAAAUUCGGUUUAAUUUAUGCCCGAAAUGACACUUUGUGUUGGUCAGAGCGCUUCCAUGUCUCGUUUCUUUAAACAGAAUCUCGGUUUUAUUUCCUCCGGUAUUUUUUUCUCCUUUGGAAAUGACACUUGCUGUUGGUCAGAGUCCUUCCGGGUUUAGCUGCAGGAAAUCAGAAUUUCGGUUAAAUAUCUCCUUGCUUUGUAAAUUUUUCUGUGUGGGAAUGACGAUUGCUUUUGGAUCUAGGCACUGCAGAACUCGCGUCGUUUUUGGUUCUGGUAUGACACAGUUGAUUUUGAUGACGCUGCAUCCGCUGCUCUGUGGGUUGCCUCCGCCCACUAGCCCUGGAGAGCAUAAAUGCCCAAGCUGAAGGGAGUGCACAAGGCUUUGCCUGGUGGAUCAGCGCAAACUCUGUAUCCUCCUGGCUGGACGAUUAAGGGAUGGAGCCGCAUUUUCUCGACCUUGUGGCUUCCCCAGAGGUGGCGCCCGAGUCGCGGCCUGCGCCUAACCUGAACUCAAAUGACCUUGGGCCAAGGCCUCUCGCUUGGUAUCCUGUGCUGGGAGAGUGCUCUUCGGAGCGCAAAGGUUUGGAACUGCUUUCCAGUCCUCCUUGGCGGAUGAACUGGGUGCGCCUGCAGAAUGGGCGUUUUCCCGGAGUCCCGAGCACCGUGACACCACUUGGAGUCCGUUCCGCUGCGUACUUGUGGUCCAGCAGGCCGUUGUCGCCCGGAGGAGAAGUAGACAGCGCAGAGGAAGCCGAUAGCAGCCCGCUGCUCCAGCUUCCCUUGGCGGGUUCGGUCCACCCCGGCGACACACAGCAGGACACCGAGGCCUCGCAGAGCGGGCAUCUUUCCGAGUUCGAGUGCGGCCAGCCUUGUGACCACAAUUCUGGGAGCCUCCAGCGGGGUUUCUCGCGCCCCCUAGCGUGGGCUCGUGGCAUUUGUCGUGCCCUAUUCUGGGCGCUGUGGCGGGGUUGCCUGUCCAACUGUGGCACUAAGCAGCCUCAGAGAGCAUCAGGAGCCUUUCGGGAUUCCCCCUUUUAGAAACGAAGUUUCAAAUCGUCUCCUCCUGCACAAUAAAAGUGCUUUAUUAUGUGCCUUCGA